UCUCCUCUCACGACCCGUCCGCUCAACCCAUAAUUCCCAGCGUCGACACAACAUGGAAGAGGCCAACAGCUGCAAGAGAACAAUGUUUUGGCUGUAAAAUAACUUAAGGACCCGAAUGCCGGAAUUCAUUUGAACGCUACGAGUGGGCCGUGGUCAUGUACAACUUAUUUCAUCAACUGAGCUGAACAAACUUUGGCCUUUUGAAGACCCAAGCAUGAGUAUUAUCCAGGACAAGCUAGGCAAUGAGUUUUUGCGGAACGGAGGCAUGGACCCCAACUUCCCACCAAACAUGAUUAUGUUUAGCCAUUUACCUCCGGUGACCAGUUUCACGCGGCUGACUUCUCAAGCCUCGAUGGCAGAUCUGCCCCAGGAGAUGAUCCUUAAGAAAGAGCGUGACUCUCCUGAUCAUGGUGGUGGCUUUCUCCAUAGUAUGGGUAUCAAACAGGAGAAGCUCAGCGAGCUUGACUACCGCCUCCCGAUGUAUGCGACAGGAACUGGAACAACAGGAGGAAAAAGCACUGAUAUGCUGGACAUGUCACUUGGCAACCACCAAAAUAUGCUUCUGCAUGACCUAAGCCUUACCAAUCAGUUCUCUGGCAGACUUGGGAAAGACCCAAAAGAAUCAGGAACUAGAAGAGGGAGGAAGACAAAUGGAGAAGGACUAGAGGGCAAAUCCAGAAGGAAACAGGGAGACUCCGCAAAGUCACUCAUGCUGGAUGGGGAUUCCGGGCCUCUUUCUCCCAACUCUAAACCGCACAUAUGCGAGCACUGCAAUGCAGCCUUUCGAAGCUCCUAUCACCUGCGCAGACAUGUGCUCAUUCACACAGGUGAAAGGCCUUUCAGGUGUAGUCAGUGUAACAUGAGCUUCAUUCAGAAAUAUCUGCUGCAGCGGCAUGAGAAAAUCCACAGUGGAGAGAAACCAUUCAGCUGCGACCAGUGCAACAUGCGCUUUAUUCAGAAGUAUCACAUGGAGAGACACAAAAGGACACACAGUGGGGAAAAGCCAUAUAAAUGUGACACCUGUCUACAGUAUUUCUCACGAACGGAUCGAUUACUGAAGCACAAGAGAACUUGUGGAGAAGCCAUAAAGAAAGGUCUGGACCCAGAGAUGCUAGAUCUGGGAGAUGAAGACAUGGGAGAAAGCAGCUACUUACUCACUCAGGGAAACACCAGUGCCCCUCCACGCAAGAGGGGCAAGUCCAAAAGCGCCAAUGAGGGAGGAGAGCGACGACGAAAGAAAGCUGCUGCAGGAGGAGGGGCGCAGAUGACGCGAGGACUUGGCCCACAGGACUACGCUGUGAACAUCCCCAGUGGAUCAGGGCCGUCUUCGUCAGGAGGUCUGGCUGAUACCAGCAUUGACCACCAGGAUGGACGCACACCCAAGCUUGUCUUCAAGAAAGGUGGACGCAAGGGUAUGGGCAAGGGUCCGACGUCUAUGGAUCAGUCCCAUCAAGCCUCUGGUCUUCAUGAACAGAAGCCAGGUACUCUGAACAUGUCUGGAUCUGGAAGUAUGGACAGUCUUGGCCUUCUCCAAUCCUCCGUUGGCCCCAAACAGGGAGGGACCAGCAGCAACUAUGAUGAUGCCAUGCAAUUUUUGAAAAAGAGGCGCUACUUGAAUGCUGCUAACAGUGGAGGGGCUGGAAUUGACUUCAGCUCCAUCCACCUUCCACAGCCGACGGUCAUCCAAGGAGGUAUAGGAGAACCCACGUUGGCCUUGCUUGACACGUCACCGCUGGUAAGCGUCGACAAGCAUGACAAGUCGGGGAUCCCAGAUGAAGUGCUGCAGAGCUUGCUGGACCACUACACCCAGAAAUCCGAUAGCUCACACCAUGAUGUGACGUUUGAUCUGCAAGAUUCACACCAUGUGGAAUUGCAGCCAGCCUCAGCAACACCUGAACUUGAUGACGGUUCCCCCGGUAGCCAUGGUGACAAGAGUGGGGUGAUGAAUGAGUACUCAAAGUUCUUGCUGCAGACCCUGGAGAGAACGAGCCAUAGCAGUAGCUUUGUUUUGGGUCCAUCUGGACCCUUCCCGACACUUCUGUCAUCUAGUAGUAGCUCUGCUAGCACUCUCUUCACAGAUAAGAACAUCUACACCGCCUCCCCACUGGACUGUGGAUAUGGUCAGCCUGUAUCCUCUCCUCUUGCACCUUCCUCCUCUUCCCUAACCAAAUCUCAUUUUGGAAUGCUGGUAGGCUCUCCGUCACCUUCCCACGCCUCACCCUCCUCGCAACAAGGCUUUCAUCUCAGCAGCCUAGAACCAGCAACACACCAGCAGCUUACGCCAUCUCAAGAGCUUACUGACCAGCUAGAGAAGCAGCACUCACCGCAAUACCCUCUCACAACUCAGGAGCUAACCAAUGGCGGCAGCCAAAAAGACCAGCAGUCGAAGAACGGCACCUCUUCGGCAAACAGAAACUGCACCGGUGGCAGCUCAUCCAACGGCUCAGUCUACUCCAUGGCCCAACCUCCUAACCUUACCACUUUGGAGCCCUCUAAGGAAGUGGACAUGCGUGCCACCUACCAGAUCGAGAAUUUCGCCCAAGCCUUCGGCUCCCAGUUCAAGUCCGGUCACCGGACCUCGCUAGGCUACGGCGGGGAAGUGGACCACAGAAUACAACGGACUCCCGUUUCAGAAUUCUCAGGGUAUACUAGUCUGUUAGCAGAUGUCAGUGAGUCAGCUAGCUCAGGAUCCAAAACCCCCACAAGCCAAAGCUACAGGUAAGGGUUUAGGUAGCUCGCCUAACCCUGAUUUGUGGGAUGAGGACUUUCUCCAAUGCUUCCUCCUCUUCACGAGUAUAACUUUAAUUAUUACACUGCCAUUAAAUGUCAAUAGAGGACUUUACCAGGGAAGGUCUGCAAGACCUCUAAUGCAAUUUCUCUUGUUCUUUUUAAUGUAUUUUAGUCAUCUGUUUUAUUAGUGUAGUGGAUGUAAGAAUAGAUUCGAAAUGAAUUUUCGACAGAAUUAGGCUAGCAAAGGACUUGACUUUUCCGAAACUUUAUGUCUUAGCCAUCAUAGUCCAGUUGUAAGAUUAAGUUAAUGAUGAACGCCAAUUUACAAUAACAAAUGUCAGGGAGCGGCCCAGUAUUCAAUUGCAAAAAAAUGUAUUGUCUGUUACAAAAAUCAAAAGUAUUACUCAGGAAAAAACAGUAACUUUUUUUAAUGAGGUGUUUGAGCACCCUUUUUUACACGUGUUCUUGUAAAUGACAGCUUUGUUUUUGAAAUUCCUUGAAGACAAUUAGGAAUUCAGCUUUUGACACUGGUUACUCUUUCCACUACUUUGCAAAGCUUACGGUACUUCUUAAUGUGAAAACACUUGCAUACUUUCACUAAGGGCCAUGUAAAGAAAAAGUACUGGUAGUCAAGUAGGCAAAUAAGAACCUUUGAAAAUCUGUAGAUAUUUAUUUGUAGCUACAUGGAACCACAUAACUAUUGUCUCAGGGUGAGCAGCAAUUCUUAUCCCCAUUAAACUUUACUUUUAGUCCGCUGAUAUGAUUUUUAUAUCUCAAGGAAUCAAAUAAGCACUUUGAUAAACCAUGAAAAAGCAAGAAUUCAGAUUCAGGACACGUAAAACUGUUAUUUUUUGAUGAAGAAAGCUGUGAUUUUAAAAAGCGGGGGAGGGAAAGGCGAGUUUGCCGAUCAAAAAAGGGCAUUGGAAUCUUUGGAUGUUCAUUGGGGAUAUAGUGUUGUUCCUGUAAUUGAAAAUACUGUUAUUGAAUGCCACUUUUUUAUUGUUGUGGUCCUCAGGCUAACAAAAGUACCCUUGCAGAGCAGAAUACUGCUUUGGAAGUGUUAUCACAACUGUUUGGGUCGAGUAGCAACAAUUGGACUUCUACCUCUUACCGCGUCAUUUUGAAUUUAACGCCUGUGAAAAUCGCAAGCUUCCCUUUUAAAUUGUUGCAGGGAGCAGAGCCCACUUCCGGAGCGUACGAAAGGACCUGAACCUGUGAUGUUUUAUGUUUUAAAUAUUGUUUGACUUCGAUUGAGGAACGAAGCCGAUUACAGAGACUUCACGUUGAAACGAGGUGGUUUCCUCCCAAUGCAAUUUUGAUGCCCUUGGAAAGAGUGGUGGGCAGGUAUGUCUUCCACUUGCUGUGGAUUGUGGCCCAGUGUGAGGUCCUUCAGUGGUCCUACCCUGUAUUUCCCCCUUGCCUUUACGGAGUCCUGUCACAGAGAAAUGCCAUUGCUGUGACGGUGUCAUGAACAAAGUCUGAAUGCUGCACUCCAAACUCGUUCCAUGCUUUUAUAGAAAGAAAGAAAAAAAAGAGUGGUGUGAAGAAUAGGAUUGACCUUAAUAUACCUCAUAUCAUUGUAAAAAUGAGAAACCAGGGACGUGUGUAUCAUGUAGUGGGAAUAUUGUAGUUAAUUGUAUUGUAUUGUGUCAGCUUAUUGUAUAAUCAUAUGAUACCAUCUUAGUUUACAGUUUAAGCUGAUAUGAUGAAAUACAAGCGUAAUGCUUUUUUGUCUGUUAAGCGGUUAUGCCAAGCAGUGUUUCUUUGUAGAAUAAUCCCUAGAAUUUCAUGAUUUUGUCCUGUUUUCCUAUUUGUUUUUGUUACAUGCCAUGUGUUUUGAUAUGAUUUCUAGAAAUUCAUUGUUUACAAUAAUCUACAAAAACACUACCAUGUUUUUGUUUUGUUUUUUGUUUCUGAUAUGCAUGACAUGAAGUUGUUUUGUUCCGUUUUGUUUAUGGCUUUCCCCUGAUCACCAUUGCACCAGAAGUUUGUAGCAUAUGCAUCCCCGACUUCAGUCUUGUUUCUGUGACGGGGCUGUACAUGUCAGAUGACUUUAUAAAUGAUUAGGUGAGCCAAUAAAAAACCUUUUGUUA